UUGCUUUCUCCCAAAGAUAAGUGAAAAUUCGAUCAAUCGAGAGAAUUUAUAAUAUGGGUGUUCUUGAUUAUUUAUCAAUUUUUUGCACCGUUACAAGUAGAAGACGACGUACCAAAAGGAGACCAUUACAGACAGUGGAGAUAAAAGUGAAGAUGGACUGUGAUGGAUGUGAAAGAAGAGUCAAGAACGCAGUUAGACGCAUGAAAGGUGUGAAAACAGUGGAAGUGAUUAGAAAACAACACAGGGUGAUAGUGAGUGGUUAUGUUGAUCCAGCGAGAGUGUUGAAUAGAAUAAAAAGCACUGGAAAAAGAGCAGAAAUGUGGCCAUAUAUUCCAUAUAAUUUGGUGUCUUAUCCAUACGUAGCUCAAGCAUAUGACAAAAAGGCACCUUCUGGUUUUGUUAAAAAUGUGCCACAAGCACUAAUUGCACCUAAUGCUACUGAAGAAAGGAUUACUCAUCUUUUUAGUGAUGAUAAUCCCAAUGCUUGUUCUAUUAUGUGAUCCAACUUUC